AGCCAAUUGAAUCGUUGGCUAUAGAAAGCAUCAUUUGGUGUAUGUAGAAUAAGGUUCUUUACUACGUGGCACACAUUACUUUGAUCACUGUUAUUCUCUGUUGUUAUCUUCGAUCAAGCAAAGUUCUUCAAGUUUUAAAUAUGGAAGAAAUGACAUUUACCAAGUUAUUAAUUUCGUUUGCUUUGGUAUACUUACACAGUGGAAAAAUGAAGGUUUGCGCACGCCCAACAAAACUUCAAUGCGAUAUGUUUUGUCAUAUUAAACAAGAACAACAUUGGCAAGACAUGUUGUUCAGCAAGUUGUCAUUGGUCUCUCCGAUGAUGGGCUGCGCUUACGGCGUGAAUUUGAACUGGUUUCUUAUAUUGACACUUGAAGUGAUUAACGAAUGCAACACAGUGCAAGAAUACAACAUAGAGCAGGCUAAAGAUUGUAAAGUCAAACUGGAAGAGUUUAUCGAAAGAGGUAAGAUUGUUAUACUAAAAUUGAUGCGCACAUUGAUGUUUAUAGAUUUUGUAAACCAAAAAAACCUGAAUGAAAAUCGGUUUUACAAUGUCUUGUUGCCACUAUAUGAUUUUGUAGCCGGACGGGUUCCAUUUGAAAUUUUUGGCAUAAUACCAGGAGGUUUAAUCGCUAACCAAUUGUUAAUCGAAAGAGCUGAAUCCUUAAGAAAAUUUUUGGUUGAUACAUGUUUUCCAAAAUACGAAAUAUUCAAUUUAGCCCAAACAAAAAGUGAAUAUUUUGGUGAUCCAAAUAGCAUCUACUAUUUUUAUAUUGCCAAAUUAGAUACUUACAUCGGCUAUAUCUACAAUCAUUUGAGCAAGCUUGGUUUUCAAUACGACAUUACCACGGGCCAUAUUUCAUUUGAUCCUACCAAAAGUGACUAA